GAUUAUUCGUUUUGGGUACGAAUGCUCCAGCAGUGAAAUCCUCCAUCUUAGAUGGCUGGCGAGGCUGCCCAUGGCCGAUGGAAAAGAGCAAGGCCAGAAGCAUCCUGGGAGCUCACAGCUUCUGCUAAGACGUCCAUCACCCAUUUCAGCUCAAAUUCCAGGAACUGAAGCAAGCCACCUGGGUUUUGAGAUUCCCGGAUGUGAAACAAACACAGGCCGGCCUGCCCCACUCAGCCCCACUCGCCCCCACCGCCAUGAGAUGAGCCACACGCAAGACUUUGCCACGUUCCCCGUGGUUGCUGCCCAGGUGAAGCCGGGGGGCUGGAGCAGUCAGGGCGGGGGCAGCGCAUCUCUCCACCCGUGCCCACACCAGGAGCUCCAGGCCUUCCUCAGCCUUCUGGAGCACAGUUUCCUGCAGGAAUUCCUUUCCAGAGAUCCCUGUUUCCAGAUUUCGGAUAAGUAUCUCCUGGCCAUGGUGCUGGUCUACUUCCGGCGCGCCCACCUGAAGCUCAGCGAGUACACCCACAGCAACUUGUUCUUGGCGCUGUUUCUUGCAAAUGACAUGGAGGAAGAUGUGGAGGACCCUAAAUGUGUGAUUUUUCUGUGGGCCCUGGGAAAACAUUGGCGAGGUCGGGUGACAGACUUCCUGCAUCAGAGGGAUAAGCUGUGGGCCCGGAUGGGCUUCCGGGCCAUGGUGAGCCGCCAGUGCUGCGAGGAGGUCAUGGCCAAAGAGCCGUCCCAUUGGGCCUGGACCCGAGAGCGGCGUCCCCACCACGGUGGGGCUCAGAGGGGCUGCCCAAAGGCCCGGGUGCCCCUCCCCAGAGGCCCCGGCCUCUCGCCUCCUCACUGUUCCCUCUGCAGCUGGUUCCCAGCCCACAGCCCCUGCGGCCACCAGCCCCGCCCCUUGCCUGUCUUAUCCAAGUGCCCUUCCCCAAGCCCUGAGUGCCACUGCCCUCCCUCCCAAACUUGUCUCUCAGUGGCUGAAGAGCCCCUGGUGGGGAGCUUCCUCAUCAUCCUGCCCCCCCAAGUGCACCUGCAGCCUGGCACCUACACUCUCCACAUCCUCCCAGAGCCUCCACCGUGCCCUGGGCGCUGACAUUUGUGGGGUGAAGAGCAGCCCACCUGCUUGCCUGCUGACCCGAGCCCUCCUGGCUGUGCCCCAUCCCCGCCCCUGCCCUUCUGUCUUAUCGGCCUCAGGCUGGCAGUGCUGCCCAGGCCCCCCAGUGCCCUCCUCCCAACUGUACCCACUCUGACCCUGGCCCCUCUAAUAAACUCAUGUCUACAGGACACCGACUGUG